ACGCUGGGCUGUGUGGAGCCGGAACAGCUCUGGGGCUUUGCACCGGUGAUCCCGACUCCCGAGCAGAGGUGUCCUCCGUCUUGUCCUAUACCCGAUCAGAUCAGAAUCCCCUCUUCUCCUUCGUCGCUGCGGCGGACAAAACUCAAAAGAAGCCCUAGCGUCGGCGAUGGCGUCGGUGACGCAGUUCCAGUACCCAAAUCCCAGUGGCGGUUACUCCGCUCCGGGGUUUUCUUGGCCUCUUGACCCUGAACCCGCUGAUGCUGAUGGAGACGAAGAAGACGACCUCUUGGCGGUGAAGGUCAACUACAGCGAUUGGGAGGAUGAGGAUGAUCCGAUCGACUAUGAGACUACUUGCCCAGGGCAAACCUUCACCAAGGAACAAGAAGAGGAAAUAGGACUCAAAUGGAUGGAUAACUAUGUCAAAUUGAGUGCGGAAUGCUCCGAUUUGUUCAAUCAGAUUCUGAGCCAUGGAGAUGACCAUGCUUCUUUUCCUCCAAUGCCUUUGAAAGUACUCCCUGAAACAACAGAUUUAUGCAUUAAGAGAGGAUACUGCUAUCACCGUGAAUACAUGACCACUGAUACCUGCCAGACUGAAUCAACCCUUGGGUUCCACAGACCACAGGAGAUGCUGCAGAUCUUCUCUCUGAGGUUGUCAACCAAAUCUAAAUCCUAUCCCAUCAGUAUUUAUGGAAUAUUCGCCGUACGUGAUGACUUGGAGCCGUUGAGGAAUUAUGUCUUUAACCGUUCUCGGGACGAUUCUGUCAUGAUUCAUCAGGAUUCUCCUACCCUACCUCUUUGCAGCCCUUGCCGAGGAAUGUAUAUUCUGGAUCGUGCAUUAUUAGAAAUUGAUCUUUGGGUGAAAAAGGAAGGGGACAGAUCAAAUGAUGAAAAGUUACUUUCUGCAUACGUUGAGAUUUACAUGCGAUCGAAUUUCAAUAUGAGGUCCACGGGACGGAUUCACAGUGACCAUUGCAUGCUGGAUAUGGAUUACAUAUUCAUUUCAGAGAGUGUAGAGGCAGUUAUACAAGUGUUCACAACUCUUGGCAGCCCUCGUCGUGUUAGAUUCACUGCUUUCAGCAGAUAUUUUGAUAGUGAGGUCGUGCUUUUCGAUGGCAAAUGUGUUGAAAAGGGUGAAGUAUUCAAGCAUGUUGUUGCGGUUAAGGCAAAGGAAAAUUUGAUUAUCCGCUCAGAAUUGGAUAACACACUUUUUGAGUGGACUUUUCAGGAUGGUGGUGUUGGAUCUUUUAGUCAUCCUGAUGUUGAAUCAAUAUUUAAUCAGUUUCAUGUGAGAGUGUUUUUUGCUCCAAAGAACCAUGGACACAGACGAUCAAGAUACCAUGAUUGGGAAGAAAGGUGUAGAAAUAAGGCAAGUGCUGGAUUGCUGAUUUAAGUCCUCCCUGAGAUUAGAGUACUUGUUAAACUUUAACACCCCCAAUUAAACACCUAGAAUAGAACGAUGUGCUUGCACAUAUACAAGAUACCCACCGAUUUUUAUAUUUUAAUCUUUUUUAUUCAAUAUUUUUAA